AAGGCCGACUGUCAAAGUAAAGCAGGGAGGGAGGGAAGGGAGGGAGGGAAGAUAUUCGGCUUGUCGUUCGUGGGCAAUGUACGAGCUGGCGAUCCUGAGGUGCAACCGUAGAAAGGAACAACUUUUCAAAUCAUAUUUGGUUCUACAAUCCUGAGUGCCUCAAAUAUAUUGUAUAUUGUUUAUUAAUUUGGAGAGAAUGGGGACUCCUGGUGCUGGAAGAAAACGAACACCUAUUAAAGACAGAUUCUCAGCUGAAGAUGAAGCACUGAGCCAUAUUGCGAGAGAGGCAGAGGCCAGGCUUGCAGCUAAACGAGCAGCCCGAGCAGAGGCAAGAGAUAUUCGCAUGAAAGAACUGGAGCGGCAGCAGAAAGAGCUUUAUCGCUCAUCUAACAGAAAAUGGGGAGAGAUUCACCAAUGGAUGGAGAAUACGGAACGUGCUAAGCAUUCUUUUAGGCCUCACCAACAUUAUCUGGUUUGUGAACAUUUCUUUUCUUCCAUUUUCAUAGUUGAUAUCAGCUCCAUUCAUUCUCAUUUAUUUUAUUUUUGCUUUAAUCAGACAGCUGAUGAUGCCUUUUCUGUUCGAAGUGCAAGCAGCCAAAGGUUGGAUGAGAAGACAGAAUCAUUUUCCCGACCAGCAUCUCGAAAUGCUGUUUCAGGCUUGUCAGCGGCCACAUUGGCCUCACUUGGGGGAUCCUCCUCACGGAGAGGCAGUGGAGAUAUGAGCAGUAUUCUGGAUCCUGAUGUUUCACUUAGUGAAAUGCGGGAUAUCUAUGAACUUAAGGACCAGAUACAAGAUGUAGAGGGGCGAUACAUGCAGGGAUUAAAAGAACUUAAGGAUUCUUUAUCUGAAGUUGAAGAAAAAUAUAAAAAAGCUAUGGUCUCUAAUGCACAACUAGAUAAUGAUAAAUCAAAUCUCAUCUACCAAGUGGACACCCUAAAAGAUGUAAUUGAGGAGAUGGAAGAGCAGAUGGCCGAACUAUACAGAGAGAAUGAGGACAAAUCUAAGGAACUGGAACGACAGAAACAUAUGUACCACGUGUCACAACAUAAAGUGGAAGAAUUAAAAGAAGGUAUUCGGCAAAGAGAUGAACUUAUAGAGGCUCUAGAGAGGCAAAAAGACUACUUUGACUGCAUUAGGAAUGAGCGUGAUGAACUCAGAGAUGAAUUGGCUGAUCUGAGGGAAAGAAAAAAGAAUCAUGGUUUAGUGAUUAUUCCAGAAAGUACACCGAAUGGUGAUAUAAACCAUGAGCCUGUUGUCGGUGCGAUUACAGUGGUGUCUCAGGAAGCUGCGCAUGUGCUUGAAGGUGCAGGUGAUGGGCCAUUAGAUGUGCGGUUAAAGAAACUGGCGGAUGAAAAGGAAGAAUUACUUGCACAGAUCAGAAAACUGAAAUUACAAUUGGAAGAGGAACGACAGAAAAGCUCUAAGGUUGAGAAUGUGCUCACGGAUUCUGAUCGAUUAGAAAAUGGCACAGAUUUACAAAUCCUUGAAAUGCAGAGAGAUGCCAAUCGGCAGUUGAGUGAAUACAAAUUUAAACUGUCAAAGGCUGAACAGGAUUUUGCCACUGUUGAACAAAAUGUUGCCAGACUUGAAGGGCAGUUGCAUCGUUAUAAAUCAGCAACAGAGAACUCAGAAAAAGUAGAGGAUGAACUUAAAGCAGAAAAGAGAAGAUUGCAGCGAGAGUUGCGAUUAGCAUUGGAUAAAAAUGAAGAGAUGGAAAUGACCAAUAGCCACUUGGUGAAGCGGUUAGAGAAGAUGAAAGCCAAUCGAAAUGCACUCCUCUCUCAGCAAUAGAGAUCGAAGAGCUAAUGCACUGCAUCUUAAACUAAUCCAACCUCCACGGGUUGCUCGUUGGCCCAACCACUACCAAAUCCUGAAAGAUAUUACCUUUAUGACCCUGGAUUUAUAAAUGUUGACAGAAAGAUUUUGUAAUUUAUGAAAGAACAAAGGUAUUAUCUAAUGCCGAUAUGUUUGAUAAUUGUUAAUUAUAUUACCUCUUUAGCUCACUGGGUUAAUUAUAUUCCUUGGUGGGUUGUGUUCUUGGUAUGAGUGAUUAACAGAUAAAUAUGAAUUGUUCAUAGCUUUUUAGUACAUCAGAUUAAUUUCCAUAAACCUUUCUGCUGAGAAUUGCUUAAAGACCUUGAAGUACUGCAUGAUCUGAAAUGAUACGAAGAUAAUCUUGCAACUUCCGUUUGAAAAUUUGACUGCUGUUUAUUAGCCAAACGGGAAAUCCCACUACACAUUUAAAGUGCCUUUUUCACAGUGCAAUGGAGAUUAUUUUGCCUAAUCAACGGAAUUGAUGGGCCAUUCAUUUUUUAAGAAAAAACUAAAUACGUAAGUUUCUGAAACAGGUAUUUGCCAAAAAUGAUACUUAAUUUUCCAAAAAUAGCAUUUUUGUAUUAUAUACAAUUUACGCAAGUAAAUAAACGGACCGUAGGUAAGUUUUGAAUCUGUUUGAAUGACCACUUGUAGUUUUAAAACACGGGAAAAGAAAACGCUGCUCCUCACUGCAUUCAUUCAAGAAAAACAAAUGGGAAAAGUAUUGGACUGCCUCUGCACAACAUUGCAUAUGUAGCUUGUUUGUAAAUGUUUGGUCUUUUUGAAGACAGGCUUGUGAAUGAGGGGUUUGACAUUAAAUGUAAUUGUGGACACUUUAUAUGCCACAACCAAAGAA